GGAGAGAGGGAGAGAUAGGGAGAGAGAGGGAGAGUGAAAGAGAAGAGAAAAGAGAGAAAAGAGGGAGGGAGGAGGGCUAUGGGUGGAGCUGCAGAGGAACAGUCCAGGGUUUGUUUGCUGAUAUUAUUUUAAUGUCAGAACCCUGUUCCAAUGUAAGCAGCAUGGGAGUACUGGCCAUCACUUCAAUCAUAUCCAGGUCAAUGGCCGUACUGUUUUUGCCAUUGCCGUUAGACUUCUCAUUAAACGUGAAUCAAUAAAGGAAUUUGCAUCCUGGCAUCCCCCAGGCUGUCUGUGUUUAUGCUACUGUACAGUAAACGCUAAGUUCUAUCCUAUUACCUCCAACAGACACGCCAUUCAUACAGACAGUACUGCAGGUCUGUGGCCCCAGCUCUCCAACCAAUACCUGCGGCAUCAUGCUCUCUCUCUCUCUCUCCUCUUUCCUCCUCCCUCCUUCAUGCCUGGGCAGAAGUCUAUAUGAGGUGCAAAAGACUGAUACACACUAAGUCACAGGAGGGAAUUAUUGUCCUGGAUAACCCUGGUGGAUUGUCUAGCCUCCUCUCCACUGAGACAUUGGGGAAGGAGUUUAUAGAACUGUUGGAAUUCGGACCCUCCAAAAAUUAUUCUGUCUCAAAAUGUUGUUUUCUCUAGCCCUCCUCUUCCUGCUAACCCCGUUACCCUCCCUUCAAACUCCAGUAACCUAUGAGAAAAGAAAUGCCACAGGAACAGGAAGUGAACCCAAACCCUACGUCCUACUCACCCUCUCCCUCACAAAACCAAAAACCGCAGCCACGCUCGUCAAAGUCACCAAAGAGACCCCUAAGCCCACUCCGAAAGUCCUAAGCCCAACUGCUGCCAAUCAGACACAUCCAGCCCCCUCAAACCCCCUCAAACCUCCAACAGCCACGUUCAUCAAACUCACCAAAGAGACCCCUAAGCCCACUCCAAAAUCCCUAAGCCCAACUGCAGCCAAUCAGACACAUCCAGCCCCCUCAAACCCCCUCAAACCUCCAACAGCCACGUUCAUCAAACUCACCAAAGAGACCCCUAAGCCCACUCCAAAAGCCCUAAGCCCAACUGCAACCAAUCAGACACAUCCAGCCCCCUCGACCCCCCUCAAGGCUCCAAUAGCCACGCUCGUCAAACUCACCAAAGAGACCCCUAAGCCCACUCCAAAAGCCCUAAGCCCAACUGCAGCCAAUCAGACACAUCCUGCCCCCUCGACCCCCCUCAAGGCUCCAACAGCCAUGCUCGUCAAACUCACCAAAGAGACCCCUAAGCCCACUCCGAAAGCCCAAAGGCCAACUGCAGCCAAUCAGACACAUCCAGCCCCCUCAACCCCCUUCAAGGCUCCAACAGCCACGUUCGUCAAACUCACCAAAGAGACCCCUAAGCCCACUCCGAAAGCCCUAAGCCCAACUGCAGCCAAUCAGACACAUCCAGCCCCCUCGACACCCCUCAAGCCUCCAACAGCCAAGCUCAUCAAACUCACCAAAGAGACCCCUAAGCCCACUCCAAAAGCCUUAAGCCCAACUGAAGCCAAUCAGAUUCUUCCAGCCUCUUCAACCCCCCUCAAACCUCUCACAGCCAGUGGUCCAAAGACCACCACCAAAGACAAACCCUCCCCCACACCGCCGCAUCCCAUCCCCAUCAAGGUGCUCAUCACUUCUGACUCUGGCUGCAUCAGCAAGGACACCCAGAGCGACACUAGCAACCGCACCAAGGAGCAGACCCAGACCCAUGAGCUGAAGCUGAAGCCUGGCUUUCCUCUAACCCUGACCCACCGCAUCAGUCUGGUUCCUACCUCCUGCACUGGGGGAUGUGUGGCUGAGAUGGCAAAACUGAAAGGACGCGUUGGCAGGCUGGAGAAAGAGAUCUCCCUCAUGAAGAGUAAAUGUGCUUCCUGCUCCAAAGGCCCAUGUCCCAAUGGCUGCAGUGCAAAUGGGAAAUGUGAGAAGGGAAAGUGUGUCUGCCUCCCAGGGUUCCUUGGUCUAGACUGCAGUAAAUGUACAGCUGGAGCUGACUGCAGUAAAAAAGGUACCAAAGACAAAAUCCAGAUAACGGUGGAGACGGUGGCGUUGAAGGUAUCACCUGAGAGCAAUGCUAUCACGGAGAGUCUGCAGGGGAAGAACACCAAGGCAGACCAAAUCCUCUUCCAGAAGAAAACAGAGCAAAAGACACCUACAGCCGCCAAAGAGGAUGGUGACAUCAAAACAAAAGUGACCACAAGUGUAAAAGCAGGCCUCACCAAGACACAAGCCAAACAAGGGGUUACUGUCACUAAAACCAAAAAUAAACUCUCCACCCAUUCCAAUGCUACCAAGAUUGGACUGGGCCGACCAACCGUCGGACAGGUUCUGUUGAAACACCAUGGAGGAAGAAAGCAAGAGAGCAAAGGCAAAACGACAGUUAUAAAGAAGCAGUCUAAACCAGACCUGAAGUUGAAAGUAACAGUAAAGGAGGAAUCUGCAGGUAAAGCCAAUGCUGAAGCUGGCAACCUCCAAGACCAGCCUCAAGCCAAUGUCACCCAAAGCACUGUGAAGACGUUUGUGAACAAAACCCGGUCAGGAAAAGAGACUCUGGAGCAGUCGACGUUGGCUGAGAAGAAUGUGACUCUAACAUCUGGAAAGAAAACAGUCAAAAAGGUGAAAUUAGUUCAGGGGACUAUGAACGUUACAAAGGUGUCAUUGGCUUUUGAUAGCACUAAAGCUGGGACGGGCAAGAUCACCCUUACAAAGGACAUUAAGACAGAGGCAGACAUCUCCUCAGGCACAUCUAAAACUACUGUGAAGACAGGGUCAGGCAAAGGGAAGCCAGUCACACGGAAGAGUCAGUAUGUUGUGAACAUGACCACUGUGGAGACCACCUCUGAAGUCAAAGUCCUCAGCAACAGGACAACAACUAUCCAGUCUUCCAGAAACACCACAAAGAAAGAAGGAACAGGAGUGGGCAGCGGGCUUGGCUCUGUGAAGGUUCAGAACAUCACCACGUACGGCUUCACCCUCACAUGGUCGGCCCCGACAGCCAUGUUUAAGAACUUCACUGUGUCCAGAAGAGAGCACAGGGCAGAGGGCGAGGAAGAUGAGGAGGAAGAGGCGGAGGAGGAAGCUGCUCUCGGGGAAGAGGACAGAGUAGCCGCAGUCGCCAACACCACCAUUGAGAUCCGAAAACAGAGCCCUAAUGGAACUGUGGCUUUCCCCACUAAAGCUCCAGGUAGCUCCAGAGGUAAAGCUCACACAAAGAGGGUGUCCGUUGUUCUCCCCGGCAGCGUUCGCUCUGUGGAGUUCAGUAACCUGCGACCUCAGACCCGAUACUCCCUGCACAUAUUUGGCACCACUCCCGGAUCCCGCUCCAAGAUCCACAGAGUAACCGCCAUGACAGGGCCUGAGCCACCUACCGAGCUGGUGUUUAGUAACGUGACAGAAGCCUCUCUUUCUGUGUCCUGGUCCAAACCAAAGAGCAAAAUCUCUGGCUUCAAAAUCACAUACUCUCACUCGGUCACGGGAGAGAGUGGUUCUGUGUCUGUCAUCCUGGCAGGAGAGAGUGGUUCUGUGUCUGUGGAUUCCCUGCAGUCCCAGGUGUCUCUGUCCAAGCUGUCCUCAGGGGCCACGUACGAAGUCAGUGUGAUGUCCACCAUGGGGAAGAGAGAGAGUGAUCCCCUCAUUGCCAUCAUGACCACAGUACCUGCCCCUCCAACUAUUCUCCAAGCAGUUAACGUAACAGAUACCAAGGCAGUGCUGCAAUGGACCCCCGCCAUGGGCCAAGUAGACCGCUUCAUCAUCAGUUAUGAGUCUGCAAAAACUCCUAAUGUAACAGUGACAGUGAUGGUCUCUGGUAACUCAGUAGACCAGCAGCUGAGAGGGCUGCAGAGAGCCACCCUGUACACAGUCAAAGCCCUGAGCCAGAAAGACAGUCUGCAGAGCACAGCCAUCACUACCACCUUUACAACUGCCAGUGCUGUAAAGGCCAGUGAGGUGGGCGCUCGUUCUGCUGUUGUAUCAUGGAAAUCCCCCAGUGUUGCGUUCAGCAGAUACAAAGUGACCUAUAAGACGACAGGAGAGGAGGCCAAGGAGGUGAUUCUGGACUCCACGGUGACAGAGUACAAGCUGACUGGACUGUUCUCUAUGUCUAAGUACACGGUGCUGGUACAGGGAGAGAGAGAGGGACAGUACACAUCUAUUGUCACCACUGAGUUUAUCACAGGAAAACUGCGCUUCCCGUUCCCCACGGAGUGUUCCCAGGAGCUGCUGAACGGAGCGCUCCAGUCAGGAGAGGUGGAUCUAUAUCCAGAGGGAAAGGAAGGAAAGGCAGUCAGAGUCUACUGUGACAUGGAGACUGAGGGAGGCGGCUGGACGGUGUUCCAGAGGAGAAUGAACGGGAAGACAGAUUUCUUCAGAACCUGGAGUGACUACACUAACGGCUUUGGAAAACUCAGCGAGGAGUUCUGGCUCGGUAAUGAGCUGCUUCACAACCUGACCAGCAUGGGCCCAGUGAGCCUGAGAGUGGACCUGCGUUCAGGCAACGAUACGGCCUAUGCCCAUUACUCCAGGUUCACCAUCGACUCAGAGGACAAACACUACGCCAUCCAGGUGUCUGGAUACACCGGCACUGCAGGUGACUCCAUGAGGUACCACAACGGGCGCCCAUUCUCCACCAGAGACAAGGAACCCCACCCCCUGGGCAUCCACUGUGCCAGGGCCUACAUGGGCGGCUGGUGGUACAAAAACUGCUACAAGACCAACCUCAACGGCCUCUAUGGCACCAACAGCAACAACCAGGGUGUAGUGUGGAUAGACUGGAAGGGCAAAGACUCGUCCAUUCCCUUUACUGAGAUGAAGUUCCGACCGGCCGGGAUCUCCGUCACAACCCACGGCUAAGACUGUCCUCUGACUCGUCCAGCCCUAAAACCCUUCCUUUGAGAAACAGAAAAGUGGAGCACCAAGAGACCAUAAAUGUGUGGAUGUCGCACAUCCUGCAUCUCAAAUUCCGCCUCAACUUGCAUGUCCAGUGGUCUUAACAGCCGUCACAACAGACAGCGUAUCAGUCCGUACUUGUACUGUACAGUGCAGUGCACCAGGCUCCUGAGCUGUACCUUUAUCAUGCUGUCUCUCUCAGCUGUAUUUGUAGACAGGAAAUAUUUCUGAUUGCAGCAUUUUGUAUAGUAUUGUUUUAUGACCAAACUCUUACCGUCUCCAACUCUAUGACUGUUCUACUGUUCUGACCCCAAAGCAUCUCUACCUGAUGCACAUCACAAAGGUUACCCACCCCACUACUACUGUAAUAAAAUAUGCACUGUCUCACUCUAUUGGAAUAAAUGAGGCAAAUGAAUGCCUGGAUGGAGA